UAAAAAUUAAAAUAAUACAGUAUUAUUAUUUAUAAAAAUAUUUGUAAAUUACUAAAAUAUAUCGUUACCUACGACUUAUGAGUUGCUUGCCUAAUAUAAUUGCCAAUUGGGUUUUUAGUAGUUUUGUACUUAGUUAAUAAAAAUGAUGAAAAAUUUGAAAAACGUAGCGUCACAAAAUUUAUUGUUGCCAAACCGUUUAAUAAAACCAACUAAGAAACAAAACCAAACAGAAGAAAACGACUGGUUAUUAGUUGCUACAAAUUGGUAUUUUUGGAUUUAUACAUGGACAUUAAUGGUAGUUGCAAUUAUUGGCUUAGGCGCUACAAUUAUGUUGAUGGUUGUAUUACGGUUCACUACUAGAAUGGAAAGUAUAGAGUUUUUAACUGAUGGCGAGUUGACUAAACUUAUGGGCGAUAUAGAUUUAGAUGAUAUAUAUAAAGUUGAUGGUAUCAUGGAAGGGUUUAAAGAUAUACCAUUAGAAAUAACAAGUCCAAAUGAUAAUAUUCUUUUACAUGUUGUGAAUCCAGAAGACAAAAGUUUGGAAUCAGCAAUUGAACUUGGAUUUUCUAAGACACAAGUAAAAAAUAUUGAUUCAUUCACAGUGGGAGAUCCAGAAAACCCUUUUUUUACCACGUCAUUUCCAAACUUUGGACUUCCAGAAGGUGUCCGUCAUUUGGAUGUAGCCACAGUAUAUACCAAUCGGAUAGUAAGUCCAAUAAACGAAACGCUAGUAUUGAAAUCUUCAAACUAUACUCGGCUGAAAGGUAAUGAAGGAACUAUCAUUGAUGGCUCUAAAAUAAAAUGGUCAGCCGAAGGAGAUAUAUUUCUUAGAUCGGUAAAUGGCACAGUAGUACUGAGUUCUGCAGGCAUUUACUUAGAUGUUCAGAAUUUACCAGUAGUACUGUCAAACAAAUUUGCUGCUCAUCAAUAUAAACUAUGCAUAUGUAUGCCUAGUGGAAUGGUAUUCAGAGUGCCAGUGUCAACAAGCUACAAUUCUCACAUGGCUUGCAGUAUGAUUGAUUUAGGUGAAAGCAAUCAUCCGUGCAAAUAAAAUGUUUAUAAUGAUAUAAUAUACAUUAUACACUAUAAACGGGAUCAAUUGAGCCAUCAAGUAUUCUCAAAGUGUGUCAUAAAAAAGAAAAAAUAUUAGACAAGUGCUGAAUGGAUUUCUACAUACUAACUACCGUUUCAAGUGCAUUUUAUGUUAGUACAAUUAAAUAUUUCAUUGUUCACUGAAUUAAUGAAAUAUCUCCAAUACAAUUAGUAUUAUUAGGAGGUAGUAAACAAAUUAAUAUUAUUGUUGUUUUUUUUUCUAUUAUUACUAUUAUUAUUAUUAUUAUUAUUAUUAUUAUUAUAUUAUAUAAAUACUGAAAUAAUACUACUAGCCUUAAAUAAUAUUGCCUAAAAACACUAAUCUAGUCACGUUUGUACUUAAGUUGUGAAUUUAAACACAUUUUAAAUAUGUUAUAUUACUCUUGUUUUUAUAAUACAAUCAAUAAAAAAAAAUUGUGUUUUCAAA